AUGAACAGACCUGGUCACUGCUGGCGGUGCGAGGCAGUCUGCACUCAACGGUGCUCGCGAUGUGGAGUGGCGUAUUACUGCUCCAAGCAGUGUCAGAAACAAGACAAGUGGCGCCAUCAACCCCAGUGCGAGGCAGCAGCGUUGAAAAUGCAGUGCUCCGGCUGCAGCGUUAAGCAGGAGGGAAUGUUGAAAUGUACCAACUGUUUGAAAUCCUACUAUUGCAACGCAGAAUGUCAGAGAAAGGACUGGGAGAGACACAAGUCUUUCUGUCAGAAAGCUGUUGACGAAACGUUGAGAUUAGUUGAAGAAAUUAAGUUUCAUCACCAGAUAAAAAAGGAUAAUCCUGGCCUUCUCGCUACCUAUUACUGGGGUAAUGUGCCUGCUGUGGAUCUGCUCAAUUUGUCGAUGAAUGAAGGGGAAGAGUAUUCCAACCCAUUGGCUUUGUUGCUUUGCGGAGUUGGUGACCCAAGGAAUGUUCUACUCACGAUUGCUUCGUUACCUAAUGUUUAUACACAGCAAAUCAGCUUCGUUAUAAACGACAUCUGUCCUUGUACCCUGGCUAGAACCGUUCUACUUCUAUACAUGUUAUAUAAAGGUAGUUUGGAUUGCUAGUUGUAUAUUUUAUAUAUAUAUACAUAUUUAUGGUUACUUGUAUAUCUAGAUGGUUUGAGGCGUCCCUAAAUUUAUUUUUCCAUCAUUGUAUUAAAUAUUAUCAAAACCAUUCUUGGUAGCGGUUUAACUUGUAAAAUCCUUGUUGAUAUUGGGAACUAAUUAUGCAGUGCUUUUAAAAUGUGAAAUCCUACGAAAUUGAAGUGAGUUGUAUCUGUAUACCGUUUGAAGAGAGAUUACGACUUCUCUUUCUGCAGACAUUGUAAAAUCAAUGCUAUUUCUGAAAGGAAAUUGCUAUAACUUCCCUUCCUUAGUUGCAAGAGGUCUGAAAUCUGGCCCAGAGAAGAUCUAUUUAGUCUGUAAUAAGACGAAAAAAAGCUUAAGUUUUUUACUUUCAUAUCUAUCAUGAAAUUAUUAUUUUUGCAGAGCUCCUAUGUUGCACAGUAUCCGGCCAGCAGGCCCAGUAUCCAACCACAACAAAAACAACGUAAUUUUCGACAGGCAAGCCACAUAUAGGCUAUCCUGGGUCUAGCAAAGUAGUCUGGCAUUCCAUUCCGAAAAUAUAAAUCGCCUUAAAUAAGGAACUUAGCAUCUGAAACAAAACAUUGUAUAAAAUGCUGGUUAUGGUGGGGAGAACUGCGCGAGCGGCUGAUUAAGUUUAGUCUGGGGCUGUGGAGAUAAAAUAUGAAAAAAGAAACGAACAAAACGCAGUUCAGAUUGAGUAGAAUUACAUUGUACGUAUUACAUGUAUUUGCUAAGCUAUAAUUAAGGUCAUGGAUAAGAAAUAAAUGUAGUCCGGAGAAUUCACGCUGCCAAUUCAACGAUUUUGCACAGCAAAGAUAAAACUGGCCGGAUACUGGGCACCUGAAGUCAAUACAAUAGUGAAUGUUUCUGGCCUCGUUUAUUCCAGACAAGUUAAAUUUCAAGAAUAAAUAGUGAAUUUUCUGACAAAUUAACUCGUUAAGUAUCUUCACGUCAAAUAUUCAACAAAUUCUUUGAAAAUAUUACCUAUUACUGAACCGUUAUUUGAACAGCACUAGUUUUACUGCGCAGUAAACAAAGUAAAUAUUGGCCGAGAUAAUUUUACUCACCUGAACAGAUCGGCGCCUUCUCCAACUGUUUCUCAAGCUGUAAGCCCGCCAAAAUUUACAUUUCAUAACUAAAAUGUUUGGUUCGCAAUGGGAAUAAUUGAGGUUUUGUUUUCCCAGCAGUGGCCGAAAACUGGUACCUUCCGGUAUCUGGGCAACAUAUUGUAGUACUGGUAUAAACUAGAUUUCUUUUCUCUUAAGCGCAUGCAGUUUUAGCUAGAACUUACCAUAACUCUUGUGCACUAUUUGUAGGGGGAAAUGGCGUCUCUUCGGCAGUGGUCCGGAUUUGGUACUCUGUCUGCAUUUCUGACAAAGAUUUUUCCCUGCUAAUAUCAGCCCUUCAAGACCUCGUGGCCACAGCCGAACUCAGCACCAUCACCGAUGGCAAGAUGGAGGUUUCUACUGCUCAGCUGGGGCAGCUUAAGACUGUUUGGGCCACGUGGCUUCGUUUGUCAGAGCUCAAAGGACCUUGGGUAACAGAGCUGAGGAAAGCAGCCCACUCGUCAGAUUCAGGAAGAGAGGCCGGUAUAAGGCAUUACCUACACUCCAUCCCUAAAGCGCACAGAGCGUCCGCACAACGCUUUUUGGACACGGGCAUCUUUCACACCACAACAAAAUCUAAGGAAUUAACUCAACAAAAUCCAACCUUGACUGGUCGCGGAAGGCUCUCAGUAUUAAGCUCUGAAUUUCACUACGGCAUACCUGCAGACGUGUUUCCAUUCACGGGAUGGGAUUACAAAGCAAUGGAGAAAAUCUACAACUCUAAAUCACUGCCGCAUAUGUACACCAGUUACAUCACAGAUAUCCUGCAGAAAUCCUGUGAAAAAAUGACCAGUGGACGGGUGAAGUUUUAUUUUAUUUUGUGCGACUUUCUCAAUAUUGACCCUUACCUACCUGCAGAUCUGAGCUAUGACCGCAUAACCACUUCCAACUUGUGGGAUUUCUAUCCCCUAGCAGAUAUGCUGACAAAAUUCAAGAGCUUUCUUAACACUGCUAAUCCCCACUCGGUGAUGUUGACAGAAGCACAAAACUGGCCGCGAAACUAUAUGCCUGAAAUCAUUCACGUUAGGCCAUAUCAAGUCGGAAUAGAUAAACUAUGUGGGACAGCUUUGAAAGACACACAGAAUGCCGAACUUGUGAAUUCAUCGGGACUUACUACUGUUGUGGAAUAUCUUGACUUGACAGAAGACUUUCUUCGUUUUCUACGCUCAUCUCUUCUAGUCUCGUGUACAGAUAAGCAGUUAGCUUCCUUUAAACGUAAAAUGAAGAUUCCAUCUCUGAAGUAUCUGGUUCAUUCGCUGGGGCUGCAACUCCGAGACUUUAUAAGAAACGAGAACACUGUUUCUCCUCCUAAAUGGGCACUGAAUUGUCGUCGAGUUGUCAUGUUGAGAGGCUACGAGAGAGCAUUGGAAUGGAAACUUAAUUCUGAUUCUGCUGCUGAGGCUACAGCUCAAUAA